AUGGAGACAGUCGAACAGCUUGACGACGAAAUUGGUGACCUUCACACUCGCCUAGCGACACUACAAGCCCAGCGCGCGAACCUGUCGUCAGUCCUGUUGUCGCAACCCCACCUCGCAGCACGUCUUCAGAACAGAGAUGAACGCAGCAAAUCUUCCGACAAGGCCCAGCAAAUCAUCACGCAACAAUCAAAGCGCAAUCUUGAAAACGUAUAUCGUACAUGCGCUGGCGUAACUGCCUACAGAGUCAAAGAUCCGGAUCCGCAUGCAGCCAAUGACGGCAACAUCCUCGGCGUUAGCAUUGAUGUUUCUGUCGCCGAGAAAUUCAUUGAUACGUACCAUGUUCUGCUGAGCGUCCGAGACAAGGGAGACAAGAAACUUCUGAGCAUCCACAAGCACACCAUUCCUCCAUGCAUACCACUCCAACAGUUAGCUGCCAAAUGGUUACCGGGAAGCGGGAAAGAUGAGGAACAUGAUCCAGAGCAGGACUUGGUACGCUUCGGACGUCUACUGCGGAAAGAGCUUGUGAGCUGGAACAUGCGAGCUGAUGCUGUAAGAAAGUUGAGGAAAGAGACAGGGCUCAUGAAGCAAAGACGGGACAGUGAGGACUUGGCAACUGCAUCAACCAGCAAUGUCCUGAACGCAUUUGUGAGCGAUGAUGAUGCCAGUUCUGAUAUUGAGGCAUCUGAAGACGGGGAUGGAGCCGCACAUAUUCUGGACAUUGAGGCCGAUGCUGCGGUCAGACAGAUCACCAUCACAUGGUCCGACAGGCGGACAGUGGCUAUGAGCAUCACCAAAGAUGGCUGGAUCGAAAAAGCGGUGUGUAGAAAAAGAGACGGUACUCGAGAUGCAGUGCUGGGCAAGAAAGCCAUAGGACCUAUCGGUAGCCUGAUGCAAAGGCUGAUGGCUUAG